AUGAGGAUUAUCUCCUGUCAGUCUACCCUUGUGGCUGUAGUUGUGGUUACACUCACUGUGGUGUCCUGCGCUGAAGCUAAGACUACACAGAAGCCAAAGUACCAGUACACCAAGAAACCCGUCCCUCAGAUCACCGUGCACAGCCCUGUGACCACCAGCAUGCCCAAGACUCUCAAGAUAGUGCCGAGCGCAAAUCCUGUGGAGCCCCAUCCGCUCCCCACCACAGUGAGGGCCACCUAUCCAAAUCAGGUCCCUCCACAGUACUACACAGACACCACCGAGCCCCCCGGUGCUGGCCCUGAGAAUUACACUCUAGAUUACAACGAGUGCUAUUUCAACUUCUGCGAGUGCUGUCCACCUGAGAGAGGCCCCAGGGGGCCAAAGGGAGACAGAGGCAUGGCAGGGCCACCUGGUGAAAGAGGCCUUACAGGAGCAGCUGGUUUACCUGGACCACCGGGAGUGAGUGGUCCUAUGGGGUUAAGAGGAGACAGAGGGGAUAGAGGUGACAGAGGAAGCAGUGGGCCAGGUGGGCCAUCAGGAGUCCCAGGGAAACCAGGACAAAAAGGUGAUGUUGGCUCAAAAGGUGAGAAAGGUGAGAUAGGGUCGCAAGGUGUCAAAGGUGAUAGUGGGGUGAAAGGGGAACCUGGCCAGAAUGGGACUGCUGGUGAGAAAGGAGAACCGGGAAAAGAGGGCCCAGCUGGACCUCCAGGAGUGGCUGUUGAGAUAGGUCCUAAAGGAGACAAGGGGGAUAAGGGGGAGUGUGGCACGUUCGGGGAGAGAGGACAGAAAGGUGAGCGAGGGGACACCGGGUCCCCUGGCAUUCCAGGAGCGAUGGGCAUUCCAGGAAUGAAUGGCAAGCAUGGUGCCCCAGGUCCUGUAGGCCUCCGAGGGGAUCAGGGACCUGCUGGACCACCAGGAGAACCAGGGUUUACAGGACCUCAGGGACCACAAGGCAUAAGAGGGAUGCUUGGGCCAAAAGGGGACAGAGGUUACCCUGGGAUGAGAGGUGAGCGGGGCAUUCGUGGAUUCAAAGGAGCUAAGGGAUCAGGGGUUCCCCAGAAACGCUCAGCCUUCAGUGUAGGUAUCUCUCCAAGAAAGUCCUUCCCUCCCUCUGGCUUCCCAAUCCGCUUUGACAAAGUGUUCUACAAUGAAGAGAACCACUUCAAUGUCACUUCCAGUAGCUUUACAUGCAUCCACGCUGGGGUUUAUGUCUUCUCCUACCACAUCACCGUACGCAAUCAGCCACUGCGAGCCACGCUGGUAGUGAACGGUUCACGACGGGUAAGGACGCGGGACUCUCUGUACGGUCAAGACAUCGACCAGGCGUCUACUCUGGUGGUGCUGCAGCUGGCAGCGGGUGAUCAGGUGUGGAUGGAAACGCUCAGAGACUGGAAUGGCGUGUAUGCCAGCAAUGAGGAUGACAGCAUCUUCUCUGGAUUCCUGCUUUACUCAGACACGGUCUGA